UAUUUCUAUUAGAAUUUUAUGUUUUUCAGAAAUGACUUGUAAGUGCCGUUUGGCGAAAUAUUAAUGAAAUUCCUUUUCUUUCUUAAAAAAAAAAAAAAAAAAAAGUAGGUGGGUGCGCACGAUGUAAAAUGCGAGUGUAGUUGCCUCCAAAUGAAUAAUGAUUCCUAAUCAGUGUGUUUCUCUCUCAUCUACUUUGUCAAUGGACUGACUGACUACUCAUCUCCAUUGUUCGUUUUGACUUCUGAACAGUUACCCAUCAAACUCCUUCGUAACAUCCAUCUUCUUAUUCUCUUUCAAGGAAUGGAGCCUGAGUUUUCCAUUCGUGAAGGCUAUGAAUUACAAUUAGAAAUAGCUGGAGUAUCCGUUUCUUUGCAAUCUGGUAAAGGGAAAUAGGUUGGAACAUUUUAUUUAAGGUGUUGGAGUGAUUUAUUUUUUUCAAACCCAGAAUGCCCACCACGCACCUCCACUUGUGGGUCUUGUCUUUGUCGCAACAAUUUGCAUGAAUAAAAUCCUUGACAAGCAUUAGCACCUUGUAUGUCUGAGUCUUCGAAUGAUGAAAUUCACUGUUGUAGGGGGGCAGACUUUCAAUGGAGGACAUACUUGAUGAGUUAGCGACUACCAUCAAGAGGAAGUGUGAGUCAUUGACCCCUCUGUCCUCAAAAUGCUGUAUCUAUAAAAUCCCCAGAAACCUCCGGAAAAUAAAUGAAAAUUCCUAUACUCCUUCGCUUAUCUCCAUUGGCCCCUUCCAUCAUGGUAACACAAAGUUUCAAGCCAUGGAGGAGCAGAAAUUGAGAUAUCUUCAGAAGUUCAUUCAACGCAAUAGUAAGAAGGACUUGGAGGACUACCUAAGUGCAUUAAUGAAAUGGGAGAAGGAAGCCCGAGAUUGUUACUUGGCAACCAUCAAUUUCUCUAGCAUAGAGUUUACAGAAAUGCUAGUCCUUGAUGGCUGCUUUAUUAUUGAGUUCUUCUUAACAUGGCAUGGAGCAGUUAUUGAUCCAAAUGAUCGUAUAUUUCAUAGGCCGGCUCUAAGCCAAGCUAUUCUACGGGAUCUGCAAUUGCUGGAGAAUCAAGUCCCCUUUUUCAUUCUUGAAAUUCUGUAUAACAUUGCUUUUGAAGACAAUGAAAAGGCCCCUAGCUUCUUGAAGCUCACUUGUGAAUGUAUGAUAGGGCUCGGCAAGGUCCCGAAGCAUUUCAAGAAGACAAAGAUAUUGCAUUUGGUUGAUUUCCUAAGAACUUACUACCUACCACCGGAUAACAAAGAGAUUUGCCACGUGAAUCAAAAUUGGGAAUUCCCAGAUGGGAUUUCUGAGCUCUAUGAGUCUGGUGUGAUAUUAAAGGCUGAUAAAGAUGACAAGCUUCUCAACAUCAAAUUUGAGAAUGGAGUCCUUUACAUACCAGAGCUAAUGCUGGAAAAUCACUCAGAAUCUCAACUCAGAAACUUGGUUGCCUUUGAGCAAUGCCAUUACCCUCGAGAGUCCUUCGUGGUUGAUUAUGUUCUAUUCUUGGACAGUCUCAUCUAUGACAGGAAAGAUGUGGAUGUCUUGGUUAAUCAUGGGAUCAUAUUGAACUCCCCUGGUAGUAGUGAGGAUGUUUAUAGACUCUUCAGCAAUAUCUCCAAAGGAACUACGUAUUCACGUGGAAGCUUUUAUUAUGCUGAUGUUUGUAGACGCCUCAAUCACUAUUGUGGCACUCCUUGGAACAGAUGGAGGGCAAUACUUCGCCAAGAUUACUUCAACAAUCCGUGGUCGAUGAUUUCUACAAUUGUUGCUGUAGUUUUGGUUAUUCUUACUGUCAUACAAACUUAUUGUGAUAUUAUCCAACUCUAAUACUGAAUAUUACUCUUUUCCUGAGCAUCAUCAUUUUGCUGUUGCAGUAGGAGUAUAGUAGAUUUCUGAAACUAUCUGUCACAAAUAGGUUUCCUGAAAUCGCGGUUGUUUAUUUUUAUGUAACAAUUUGUACGCUCUGUAAAAGAAAUUGUGCUACAAAACUAUUCUCUUCAGCUUA